AAUCUUUUCCAUUGCAUCCGUCACCAAUUAGAAUAUACCAAGCACCAAAAGGUUUAUGCUGGUUUUGCCAGAUCACGAUAUACACCCUUCAUGAAAUUUUAGCUCGUUGUUUGAAUGAUUUUGCAUGCCUCUCUCACUUUCUUACUGCGAGGAAUAAGAUCCCCUCUGUUCGCUAGAUGAUACCUGCUUCAGAUAAUAUCGUAAUAUAAUCCAAAUUUCUUAGUGCCCCCAGUCUGGCCCAUGUCAUCUCUAGUGAGGUGCAAUUUUGAUGGCUCUGGUUUUGUUAUUUUGACGCCGUUUAGGUGAUCGGAUAACAAUACGCCGUUUCAUGGCGAGGGACCUAACGAUCGUAUUUUAUUUCUUCCCAUUAGCACAAACCAGUCGGGUAUGCCGCCUUUCCCCCUUUCACGGAGCGCAUUAGCUGAUAGCUGCCUGGACCCAGCAAAAUAUCCAGAGCAUCACCCAUGUCUGCCACGGCCCUCCUCUUCCCUCCGCCCCCUCCUCCAUCAGCCCCCUCCCUCUUUCUCUCAAGGUUCUACCCGUUCUCAUAUUCUUGCAUUUCAAUUUCAUCGUCUUUGAACCCAAAAAAACCUCCCAUAAACAUCAAACCAAACCUCUCCUCCAAACCCCCCAAAUCGUUUCCAGUUCAUUCCACCUCUACCACCACCACCGUCACUACCACCACGACAAAAAAUCUAGAUUUUUCAGUCUCUUCAGAGCCCAUUUGCUCCUGUGAUACCGCCAUUAAGAUGCCCACAGCUCCUUGGAUGAAGGGUCCUCUUAUUCUUCAACCCGAUGAGGUGCUAGACCUCUCCAAAUCGAGAAAGAGGAAGAGCUCUGGCGGCAGUGGAUCCGAGAAGGCAGAUCGGGCUCUGACCGACAAAGUUAGCGGUGUAAGAGGGAGGAAAGCAAUGAAAAAGAUUGUUCAGAGCAUUGCAAAACUUAAAGAGAAACAUGAUUGCGAGCAGAGCCAGAAGUCAUCAGGGGAAUUUGAAUUUGUGUAUUCAUUGGAAGGGCAAACUGGCGGGGCAAUGCCGUGGUCGAGGGGCGAGAAGAUUGUCUUUUGGAGGAUGAAGAAGGAGAAGGUGGUGACGGCUGCAGAAUUGACUCUUGAUAGAAUGUUGCUGGAGAGGUUGAGGGGUGAGGCUAGAAGGAUGAGGAAAUGGCUGAAGGUGAAGAAAGCUGGGGUGACUCAGAGUGUUGUGGAUCAGAUUCGUUUUGCUUGGAAAGAAAGCGAGCUUGCUAUGUUGAAAUUUUACUUGCCAUUGUGCCGGAAUAUGGACAGAGCUCGUGAAAUUGUGGAGAUCAAGACUGGAGGUUUAGUUGUCUGGACAAAGAAGGAUGCUCUUGUUGUUUACAGAGGCUGCAGUUAUCAGUCAGCUUCAAGCGCGUCCAUGGACUUACGUGUGGGUUUCUCUGGUGUUGAAAAAGCAUCUUACUCAAAAAUGGGUCUGCAGAUGUUAGGUGAUAAUGUUUCUGUUUCUCUUAUAAAAUCCAAUGGAAGUACAGCCAAUGGAAAGAUGAGCAUAAAGGAUGUUGAAGAAGAGACCCCAUCAACAGGCAUCUCUAUGGAAUACAGUAUAGGUUUUCAACCUGUUAGUGGGACCUUGUAUGAGAGGGAAGCUGAUAGAUUAUUGGAUGAUCUGGGGCCUCGCUUCAUUGACUGGUGGAGGCCAAAGCCUUUGCCAGUAGAUGCAGAUUUGCUUCCAGAAGUAGUUCCUGGACUCAAGACUCCAUUUAGGAGGCUUUGCCCACCUCAUGCAAGAUCAAAGCUGACAGACAAUGAACUGACAUACUUGAGGAAGCUUGCUCACUCUUUACCAACUCAUUUUGUCCUUGGGAAAAACCAAAAACUUCACGGCUUAGCUGCUGCCAUAUUAAAAUUGUGGGAGAAGUGUCAUAUAGUGAAGAUUGCUGUGAAGUUGGGAAUUCCAAAUACCAACAACAAACUUAUGGCAUGUGAGCUCAAGCAUCUUACAGGAGGGGUUCUAUUACUGCGUAAUAAGUUCUAUAUUAUACUUUAUAGAGGAAAGGAUUUUCUUCCUUGUGGAAUUGCAAAUGUAGUAGCUGAUAGAGAAAUGGAGCUCAAAAGAUGCCAAUUUCACGAAGAAGCUGCAAGGCUGAAUGGAAUCAAAAGCUUUUGCAGGACUAAUGAGGUGCUAACAAACUCUAGCAUCACUGGAACUUUAUCUGAAUUCGAGGAAAUCCAAAGAGAAUAUGGGGACUUCAGAAAUGGAAAUUGGGAGGUUGAAGUUCAAGUAAGGGCUGAAAAAGAAAGGUUAAAGAAUGAACUGAGAAAGCAAGAGCGCAAGCUUUUCAUUCUUAAGAAGAAGAUAGAGAAGUCAGCAAAAGAGUUAUGGAAGUUGAAUUCUGCAUGGAGACCUGCUGAACAGGAUUCAGACCAGGAACUAAUUACAGAUGAAGAGAGGGAAUGCUUUCGACAGAUGGGUCUGAAGAUGGAAAGCUGUUUAGUGCUUGGAAGGCGUGGGGUUUUUGAUGGUGUAAUUGAAGGCAUUUAUCAACACUGGAAGCAUAGAGAAAUAGUCAAGGUGGUUACAAUGCAAAGAAGAUUUUCACGGGUCAUUUAUACUGCAAGAUCCCUUGAAUCUGAAAGUGAGGGUAUUCUAGUUUCAGUGGAAAAGCUAAAAGAAGGCCAUGCCAUAAUUAUCUACCGGGGAAAAAACUAUAGACGACCCUUGAAGCUGGCUUCCAGAAAUCUUCUGACUAAGAAGUCUGCAUUACGUAGAUCUCUUGAGGUGCAGAGGAUCGGAUCACUGAAGUUUUUUGCAUAUCAAAGAGAGCGGAUUAUCUCAGAUUUGAAACAGAAAUUGGAUUUUUAUAGACCAAAAUGGACCAAGUGAUAUUAUGGCUACAGACUUACCAUUAGCAUGCAAGAAAGGUUUUCAAUUAUUGAACAUAAGGGUAAAUGUUUUGUAUGCUAGCAGCCUCUGUUUGCAUUAAUGAUGGCUGUUGACACUGUUAGUGCUUCUAAAGAAUUAUCCAGGAUGCUCAGUUACUGAUCUGUGUUGCCAAGCUCUGAAUGACUCUUGAGUUCGCCGGACAAAACUCCAGAAUUCUCACUUCUGAAAUAUCUUCACCCCAGGCAGUAGGAAGGCACAGCGUUUUUAACCUCAUGCUGGCUGAUGCAGGCAGUUGCCGCAAGCUACGAGUUAAAGAGUCCUUGUUACCACCGUAAUCACUCCAUUUUUAUGAAUCUGGCAUGGCUAUCUUAAGACAUUCAAUAGGGAUGGAUAACCUAUCUUGGGAUUGUGUCUGCUUUGUUGAAGAUGGCAUGAGGAGUUUGCAGGGUUUUGAGGAAGUUCUGAUUAUCCCAUGGAGGUCAUGCUUGUGACAAUACUAUCCUGCCAGGUCAUGUGUUGGAAUUAUAUGGAUGGAAACUUGGAAAAUAUCUCAAACUAAUCUUAGGGGCAUCAUUUGUAGUGCUUUGUGCAAUUGAAGUGUUGGAAUCCCCAGUCAACAUGGGUUUCAACAUUGUUUAAUCAAUUUUCUGUGCAGGCUUGUGGCUUUCUGUAAUGUAAGUCUGAUGCAAAAACUGAGAUCUUCAUGUUUGGCAAAUAAUGAUCUACUGUAGUGGAAGAUGCAUUGAAGACUGUUGAGCUCUGUAAAAUCCUCGGAAAUGUAACUUAAAAAUGCAGUGGGGGAGGAGAAUAAAUAUGCUGGAUGACUAUAUUGUGCUCAAAUAAACAAAAAAUAAAUAAAAAUAAAAAACGAAAAACCCCCCUUGUAUUA